AACAUUAUUAGAGGGGGUGAGAUCAGUGACGAGCUCUAGAACCACCUGUUUCCUUAAUCAAAUUCAAUUAAAAGAAGAAGAGAGAUCUGAUCGAUCUGAUCUAAUCUAAUUCGAUCGCAAUGGCGUCUCGAUAUUGGGUGGUGUCGCUCCCCGUUCAGCAAAGCUCCUCCGCCACGUCUCUUUGGAGCCGCCUUCAGGAAUCCAUCUCCAAAAACUCCUUCGACACUCCCCUCUACAGAUUCAACAUCCCCAAUCUCCGUGUCGGUACAUUGGAUUUGCUCCUCGCGCUCAGUGACGACCUCGUCAAGUCGAACAACUUCAUUGAAGGGGUGUGUUCGAAGAUACGGCGCCAGAUCGAGGAGUUGGAGAGGGCUUCUGGUGUGGCCAGCAGUUCUCUCACUGUAGAUGGGGUUCCUGUUGACUCCUACCUCACUAGAUUUGUGUGGGAUGAGGCUAAGUAUCCUACAAUGUCACCUCUGAAGGAGACUGUAGAUGGAGUUCACUCCCAAGUUGCGAAGAUUGAGGAUGAUCUUAAGGUUCGGGUUGCUGAGUACAACAAUGUGCGUAGCCAGCUUAAUGCCAUAAACCGUAAGCAGACAGGAAGUUUAGCGGUCCGAGAUCUGUCCAAUUUGGUUAAGCCUGAAGAUGUGAUUACCUCGGAACACCUAACAACCCUCCUUGCUGUUGUUUCCAAGUUUUCACAGAAAGACUGGUUGGCUAGCUAUGAGACACUCACUUCCUAUGUGGUUCCCAGAUCCUCUAAGAAGCUGUAUGAGGACAAUGAGUAUGCUCUUUAUACUGUAACGUUAUUCACUCGUGAUGCUGACAAUUUUAGGAUUAAGGCACGUGAAAGAGGCUUCCAAAUUCGUGAUUUUGAGUAUAAUCCUGAAACACAUGAAAGUCGGAAACAGGAGCUGGAAAAACUGAUGCAGGACCAAGAAACAUUCCGAAGCUCUCUUUUGCAAUGGUGCUAUACCAGUUAUGGGGAGGUUUUCAGCUCCUGGAUGCACUUUUGUGCUGUACGUGUCUUUGCUGAAAGCAUUCUGAGAUAUGGCUUACCUCCAUCCUUCUUGUCUGUUGUCUUAUCACCAUCGGUGAAAAGUGAGAAGAAAGUGCGGUCAAUUCUGGAGUCACUCUGUGACAGUUCAAACAGCACCUACUGGAAAACUGAGGAUGAAGGAGCUGUUGGUGCUUUCGGAGGUGAUGCGGAGGUGCAUCCUUACGUCUCCUUUACAAUAAAUCUUGUUUGAGAAGGCAUUCCAUUAUUUAAUAUCUAUCCAUUUCACUUAUUAGUGAUUUGAUUUCUAUCAAUAAAGGACAGAUUAUGUGUUUGUAUAUGCUACUUUUAAUAAUAAUCCUUGUUCCAGUCUCUCCUUUUUUGGUGAUUCUAUUUUCACGAGGCCUGUAAACUGAACAGUUAAACCUUCCCUAUUGUUUCAAGUAGAUUUAUUUUUGUAUAUUUAUUGAGUUGUAAAAGAUUCGGAGUACUUAGUACUUUUUAAAGCUUGUUUCUAUGACGAUGAAAACAUUUUCCAUCCA